AUGGAAAAGUUUUUAACAGCGGGUCCAAUCAAGCGUAAGCCUACUUUACAGUACGAGCCAUCAAGCACUCCGACUCAGAAAAAGACGAGGAGAUAUGACGAGGUGUACAUCGGGCUGGGCUUCACUAGUAUGCUGAGGCUGGUGGCUGCAAUGGAGCCCACGUACAAAUUAAAAUCGGAGAAGCACUACCGCACCGACAUGCUUGAGGACAUAGUUGGAAAAGUGGAGAGAAAAGUCAAAGCACUAAUUUCAGAGGAGGCUGGCCCUUUUUUGUCCUUCACUACAGACUGUUGGUCUGGGGACACUGAGGCUCUCAUGAGUCUAACAUGCCAUUUCAUUGACCACAACUGGGACAGGAAGCAAGUCCUCCUAAAUGCAAAAACAAUGUUAGGCUCCCACACAGGGGAGUAUAUUGGUGACAUGUUCAUCAGUCUGCUGGAGCACUGGGACAUCAGCCAUGACAGGGUUGUACUUGUUCUCCGUGACAGUGGGGCAAACAUGGUCAAAGGUCUCAGACUGGCGGAAAUACCUGAUCUCAGCUGCAGCGCACACACCAUACAGCUUGUGGUGAAUGAUGGCAUCAACAGUCAGCGAGUAGUGCUGGACAUUAAUGCCAAAUUAAAGAACAUCGCCAAACAUUUCAACCACUCUGUUCUUGCAAAGCAGAAGCUUAAAAAAAUUCAACAAGAACUUGGCCUACCAGAGCACAGCAUCCUCCAGUCUGAACCCACUCGCUGGAACUCCACGCUUCAUAUGAUGCAGAGAAUGGUGGAGCAGAAGAGAGCUCUGAACAACUACGCUCGAGAGUAUGGAAAAAUUGCCACUCUAUCCCCUGAUCAAUGGGACAUAGCUUCCAAUUUAAUUGAUACAUUGGAGCCUAUGGAGGAAGUCACCCUUGAGGUGAGCAAGUCAGAGGCUUCCAUCUCCUGCGUCAUUCCGAGCAUUGCUGUGCUGAAGAUGAUUCUUCAGACAGAGGGGCCAAACACAAUUGGGAUCAAAACUCUGCGAGAGUCAAUGCUGCAAAGCUUACAGAGAAGAUUCCAAAAGAUGGAGGACACACAAUGUCUAGUGCUCGCAACACUCCUGGACCCUCGCUAUAAGGGCCAUGUCUUUUCAGAGGGCACACUUGAUAAAGCAAAAAGGUGGAUAAAGGAGGAGCAUGCUGUUGUGUCUGAACAGCUGAAGAUGGCCACAAGUGCAGAAGAAGGACUACACUCGAAACAGAGAAGGGUGGAAGUUGAGGAAGUACCUGGUCCCUCCAGUGUCAUUGACCAAAUGUAUGCCAACAUCUUGGGACCUCAUGGAUCUCCUACUCAGGAGAGUGAUGAAGACCACCUUAUAUCUGACCAGCUGCAGCACUACCUCCAGGAGCCAGUGAUAAAUAGGCAGACUGGUAAACCGCUAGAAUGGUGGAAGCAAAAUGCAUCCCGUCUACACCUUCUUGCACCACUAGCAAGAAAAUUCCUUUGUCCACCCCCUUCCUCAGUUCCCAGCGAGAGGGUGUUUAGUGAGAUUGGGAACAUUUAUGACAAGAAGAGGAGCAACCUCAAGGGCGAACAUGCCGAACAGUUGUGUUUCCUACAUGACAACCUCCGUUUCUUGAACUGGCAGUAUUGA